CAACACCACACUAACCGUUCCCAGAUGCCCUCCACCACCGCAUCGGCAAGCAUCUCCUCAAGUAGUCUCCUGCAUUUUACGAGUUCGGCGCGCCCCUGCACCUGGGCAUGUUCUUCCCCGCUUUACGUCACGACCCCAUCCGAGGCGAGGUGGGGAAACCAGGGGAUAGAUAUAAAACAUCAACACAUUCGAGUCAACCAGAUCCCAGCCUCCAUCUUUCCACUUUAAAACCCAGAACUUGACUGACCCGAACGGAUACUACCUCCUCCCCCAACCAAGCAAGCACAUCCAAAAUGACCACCCCCACCCACCAACAAACCGUCGAAUCGCGGGGCAUCUACCACGGCCUCCCCGUCUUCCCGCCCUCGCUCAAAAACCUCACCGCCAUCAUAACCGGCGCAAACGGCAUCUCGGGCAACUACAUGCUGCGCGUGCUGGCGCAGUCGCCAUCCCGCUGGAGCAAAAUAUACUGCCUCUCGCGGCGCGCGCCGGCGAUCCCGGACGGCCUGCCCGCGAACGCAGAGCACAUAGAGUGCGAUUUCCUGACGGGGAGGGAGGAGAUUGCACGGGUGCUGAGGGAGAAGGGCGUGGAGGGGGUGGAUUAUGUGUUCUUUUUUAGCUAUGUGCAGGUUAAGCCCAAGGAGGGGGCGGGGCUGUGGAGUGAUGCCGAGGAGAUGUGUAAGGUGAAUCUCGCACUCCUACAAAACUUCUGCGAAGCCCUUCCCCUAGCGAACGUCAAGCCCAAACGCAUAAUGCUACAAACAGGCGCCAAAAACUACGGCAUCCACCUCGGCCCCGCCCCCACCCCCAGCGAAGAAUCCCAGCCGCGCAUCACGCUAGAACCAAACUUCUACUACCAGCAAGAAGACUUCCUCUCCUCCUUCUGCACAGCGCACGCCACAUCCUACACUGUAGCAAUGCCCUCCUACAUCAUGGGCGCAGUGCCGGACGCCGCCAUGAACCUCGUCUUCCCACUCGGCGUCUACGCCAGCGUCAAAAAGCACCUAAACGAAGAACUCGAGUUCCCCUCCGACCUACAGAGCUGGGAGGCGACGCACGUAGGCUCGUCGGCGCGGCUGAACGCGUAUCUGGAGGAGUGGGCGGUGCUGACGGAGGGGGCGCGGAACGAGCGGUUCAACGCCGCGGACAGCAGUCCGUUUACGUGGGGCAAUUUCUGGGGCAAGUUUGCGGGCUGGUAUGGGUUGAAGGCCGGGAGGCCGAGUUUGGAGGAGGGGGUUUAUGCGGAGGUGGUUACGCCGUAUGAUCCACCGCCCAGGGGGUUUGGACCGCCUGCGACGUACCGCAUCAGAUUUACGCUCACGGACUGGGCUAAGCAGCCCAAGGUGCAGAAAGCGUGGGAGGAAUUGAUCGCUAAGCACGGAUUGAAUGUUAGCAAGCUGCAAGACAUGGACGUUGACCGCAUUUUUGGGUUUACAGAUGCAAGUCUUUGCGGAGGAACCUUGGACCUCAGUAUGAACAAGGCACGCAAGAUGGGAUGGCACGGCUUUGUGGACACGAAUGAGUGCAUAAAAGAGGUACUGGGAGAGUUCGCCGAUUUGAAGAUGUUGCCCCCUGUUGGGAGAUAACCUGAGCAAGGCCAAUUAUAUCGUUAGCUACCCGUAAGAACGGAUAUCAAGUGACGGCUCCAAUCAUGCCCUCGGUUCGCAGAUAUAUAUACAAUGUCUGUGAGAGCGUCCUU